ACCGGGUCGAGUGAAAUUAUUAACAUUAACAUUGUGGAAUAUUAUCCUUAUAGGUACCCACACUGAAAUACGCAUUUGGCAAAAGCACAUGAACAGAAUAGUGCGAUGUUUAAGUGCCAGAUAUAUGGAAUUAUUAUAUUUUCAAAGUAUAUAUAGUGAUAGGGUUUUCUUGUUCUUAUGAUGAUGUCCACGUUUGGGGAAUGUGCUCUUUUGAUUGCGUUUAUUAACAAACAUGUGAUGACAUGUUUUUGCGUUUCUGCGUGUACUGUGUCCAUUCGGAUUUUGAUUUCGCUGUGCCUCCAGCUUGAAGGGUGAAAAAGAGAAAGAAUUUAUAGAACAGAGCACUCUAUAGAUAAGCUGCUAUAAAUAAUGCCACUGCACGGCUUAUAACUGUAUGCCAAUUGGGCAAAUAUGCCUGUAUAAGUAUGAUAGGUUUCACUUGUUUACAGCCAACAAGGGUGCGGCUUUAUCGCUACUUUAUAUGCGCCCGCGGAGUUCACUUAAGUUAAAUAAGUACACACACACAGAGAAACAUAUACACAUACACACGGCCUACUUCCCCCCCGAUUCCAUAGUUCAUUUGCGGAGAGGGAGAGAGAAAGAUAGAGAGAGAGAGAGAGAGAGAGACUCAGACUAAUUCCUCCACGCAGUCUGUGCCAAUGCGCAAACAGUCUACGCCGUGGGAUAGGUCUCCCCCAAAUUGAGGCUGAGCUCUCAACGAUCAUGCGAUUGAAUGACGAGCGCGUCAUGCUUGUCUUCCUCCUCUGCUGUUCGCUGCGAUCGGUGGCUCUGCGUUCCGCAAUCCCCUGGGAUACUGUACCGCCCUCGAUGGCUCUGCUAUCGCCGUUCCGCUCCCACUGAAUGGCUGCCCGGAGUGAGGAAAAACGAACCAGCGCUCUGCAUCAGCUUCCCAGCGAGGGGACCUUUUGGUGGUGUGCGUAGGCGCACCAUGGCCCAGACCCUCCAGAUGGCGAUCCCAAACUUCGGCAACAACGUUCUAGAGUGUCUGAAUGAGCAGCGGCUGCAGGGACUCUACUGCGAUGUGUCCGUGGUGGUCAAGGGCCAUGCUUUCAAGGCUCAUCGAGCAGUUCUGGCUGCUAGCAGUUCUUAUUUCCGGGAUCUCUUCAGCAGCAGCAACAACAACAACAAUGGCGGAGGUGGCGGAAGCAGUGAGGCCAGCCCAACCGUAGUGGAGCUCCCGCCGGCCGUGCAGCCUCAGAGCUUCCAGCAGAUUUUGGCUUUUUGCUAUACAGGCCGUCUCAGCAUGACGGUGGGGGACCAGUUUCUCCUCAUGUAUACUGCCGGCUUCUUGCAGAUCCAACAGAUCAUGGAGAAAGGCACUGAAUUCUUCCUCAAGGUAUCCUCCCCCAGCUGUGACUCCCAGGGCCUUCAUGGAGAGGAGGCCCCACCUUCAGAGCCCCAGAGCCCUGUAACACAGACCAGUAACGGUGCAGCCCGGCCCACCUCCUGUCUGACGCCGCUCCCUCUGGUAUCACGAGUUAAGACGGAGCAGCCAGCGAGCCAACCAGAGGCAGCCACUCCUUACUCAGUGGUUUGCACUCCUGUAGCCAAGCGACUAUGGGAGGGGGGCAGCACCCGAGAUGGAGGUGGGGUAGGCUCAGGGGGAGGAGGAGGGGCCAGGAAGGCAGCCCGUUAUUCCCAGGAGGCAGUGCGGGGAAGCGCUAUCCAGAGCCCCGGGGGUCUCGGACUGGCUGUGGGUAUGGGUGCUACCACGACCAACCUCGUGGGAAUGGUGGCCGGUGGUGGGAUUGGCGGCGGUGCCAGCACCAACGGGAACUCUGCAGCAGGGCUUAUCAUGUCAGAGGGCGCCAGCCCUGGCACCCUGAGUACCUACGCUAGUGACUCACCUAUCAGCUACCAUGAUGACGAAGAAGAAGAGGAGGGGACAGAUGAAAGUGCUGAGGAGCAGUACAGACAAAUCUGCAACAUGUACACCAUGUACAGUAUGCUCAACAUGGGAGCUGCAGCUGCUGGUGAGCGUGUUGAGGCUCUACCAGACAACACGGAGACGCGAGGUCGGAUGCGUGGCAGAGAUCUUUCGUGUCUUCCCGCAGAACUUAUUGCCCAAAUAGGCAACCGCUGUCAUCCCAAACUGUACGAGGAAGGAGAUCCUGCUGAGAAACUAGAGUUAGUCUCAGGUACUUCUGUGUAUAUAUCACGAGCUCAGCUAAUGAACUGUCAUGUGAGUGCGGGGACCAGACACAAGGUGCUGCUGAGGAGGCUGCUGGCCGCCUUCUUUGACAGGAACACUCUGGCCAACAGCUGCGGGACAGGCAUUCGCUCAUCCACCAAUGACCCGAGCCGCAAGCCCCUGGACAACAGAGUGCUCCAUGCAGUCAAAUUUUAUUGCCAGAACUUUGCAACCAGCUUCAAAGAGAGCGAGAUGAACGCCAUUGCAGCCGACAUGUGCACCAACGCCCGACGUGUGGUCCGUAAGAGCUGGAUACCCAAGCUAAAGCUACUGAUGGCGGAAAGUGACGCCUACUCUGCGUUCCUUCCCGAUGGUGUCAAGACAGAGGAAGACGCCCUGGGGGCGGAUCCAACCUUCGACCCUGCCUCAUUGGAGUCCGCCAGUGGUGCUGGUAUGGAGUCGGGCGGCUCUUCAGGUGAAUCGCUACCAGGUGUGGGUGGGGAUGGAGGACCGUUAUUUUGAAUGUUUGGUGACGCACAUACCAGUAUUCCCCAGUUGCGCUUGCCUCCUCACUCUUUGGCCCACGCUGAUCUCUCACAUCUUGACUGUCUAUACUACACUGUUAGGGUCAACAGUUGUUGCCCUGAUGUAACCAGGACUUGAAAACUUAAAUUUUUUUUUGCUUUGACUGUAUAAUGGAGGUAAUCAAGGAAAGGAAGGGCAUAAGAGGGUCUUUAGUUGUGUCCUAACUGCCCUCUGCCUCCCCUUGUCUUUUUAAGGUGUGUAAGCGCAUCCACUGUUGCAUAUUAAAUACAUUCCCUGAGGUGCUGGUGGUUUGGGGGGAGGGCAGGGAGUCACCGGUGCAGCCUGAGGAGGAAGAGAUGGCUGGAUGGACAGAUUUCCAGGAGCAGAAGUGACGGGUAUAUUGAAUGUAAGUGUCGGUGGCAUUUUUCUCUAUGCAAACCUGACAACUUGUAUUCCAGCCUCGGGAAAGAAACUAAAUUUCAAAAUAGAUACAUUAUUAAAACAAAGUAACACUACCUGUUCUUCCUCCUCUUGCAUCUUCCACUGAUCACCCUGCAAGUAUUCUUCAGCCUCACCUCACCUUUCUUGAGACCAGAGAAUCUCACUCGAGUGUUUCACUGUGUGCUGUCUUAUAGAAAUAUAUCUCAUCUGCCUAUUUUUUUUUUAAAUUUUCUUUGCAUGUUUCUCUGUCUGUAAACUGAAAAGUGAUCCAGAAAGAAGGGUGAAAGCUUUUUACUCAGAAGAUUGUAAUGGGGGAAAAAAUUGAAAUUUGAAGGGCAACAGGUAAUCAAAGAUGGUCAUAUUUUUAGAAGACAAAAACUAUAUUUAUACAAGUGCCCAUGCCUAGAAUGGUGUGAGCAAAGAGAGCAAGAGGGAUUGUUUUAAAAUCUCAGUAUUCAACUUCUAUUGAAAGAGGGCUUGUCAAGUAAGGAAAAGUGCUAUUUUUGCAGGAGUACAAUAAUAAUAAUGAAAGGAGUCUUAUCAUAAGAACCUCAGUCAUUUAUUUUUAUCCUUAUUUUACAGUGAAAGUGAUGGAAUGAGCAGUUGAACUGCUAAAUUUGACACAUUUCAUCUUUUGUUCACUAUCUUUAAAGGAAUAAUAAGACUGCUUCCGCUGGCACGACUGUGACUAUGAUUAGCAUUUCUUGUUAGGUUGUGAACCUGCAACAUUUGCCUCCUUUGAUACAGCAUUGGCCCACAGUUUUGAAGAUUACUUUUGGACAUUUAUAGGUUACAUUUAUCUGACAGCUCUGCUAGUUUAGCCUUCGAAGAAAAAUUACUAAAAGAAGGGAGGAAAAAAGUGAUGUUCACAAGAAAUAAUUGUGAAAUGAACAAGUGCAUCUUUCAAAUCUUGACGUCAAUAAGCGGAAGCUGGUGGGCACAGUGAUGUCACAGGGAGGCAAUGCUGCUUGAAGCAAAAAGGUUUUAAUGGUACUGUGUGUGUGUGUGUGUGUGUGUGUGUGUGUGCGCGCGUGCGUGUGUGUGUGUGUGUUCGACAUAGUUCUCUGGUAAGAAAGCCAAGUUUGUAUUGUGCAGAUGUGUCGUUGGUGUGUGGCCUAUUCAUGUAUGCAAUGCACCACCUCUUAAAUCUGGAAAUUCAAAAUGAGUUUUAUUUUGAAGUUUGAAAUGAUUUUGCACCUUCCAUGAGCGAUAAGAGUGGUGGUUUCUGCACCUUAUUGAGAAGAACUAGUAGUUCAUGCACCUUUUGAGAAGUGUUGUGUAGCAAUCAAACCCCUUUAGGUGGAAUUUGCCUUGUUUUUUGUUUGUUUUUUUCUUUCUCCCAUGCCUGCCUGUAUUUGUUGUUUAGUAGUGGCACGAACUCCUACUGUAAAUAAUCAAGAAGACUGUUGAGUUGAAUCCCAAGUGUUCUUCUUUUUUUCUGUUGCUGAAUGUGUCUGAUUUAAGAAAUGUCAACAACUGACCUUUUGUAUGUGGAAGUUGGUGUUUGCUAGAAACCUUCUGAAUGCAUGUUAAUCUGUUAAGGACGGAGGUCAGUACAGGGGAUUCAUUCUUACAUUUGCAGGUGGAAAAACCUGAAAGUAGUCCGGGUCUGACUCGGAAUGUGUUCUUAACCUGAUACGUUCGCACGGACAACUGAUUACUUUCUCUUUCAGGAAAUCUUUUUUCCAUAGAGGUUCUAUUUUUGUGUAGAGAGGUAGAGUUUGAAAGCCAGGAAGAUGCCGAUGCUUCCUAUCGAAGGCAGUUAAGUCUUACUGAAAAGAAAUAAAAUGACUAGUGGCAUGAUAGAGAUUCUAGCUCAGCAUAUUUUCAUUAUUGUUUCAAAUUCUAGGUUGGUUUAGGUGGGUGAUACAGUAUAUGGAUGAAACAUAAAUGCAGUACCUUGUGAGUAUUCAUUAAGGGUAAUAACAAAGAAACCUCAGUUUUGCAUUUGACUGUAGAUGCCACAUGAGCACCCCUCCCCCACAUACCUCAAGUAUCUUUGAAGACUGUUGUGCUUCCUGUCCCUUAUGCAGCUGGUGUCAUGUUUCACUCCUCCAAGUUUAUUCAUGCGCUUCAUAAAGGCAAAGCAGUGGUUUAUGUUUGAGCUGAAUUAUGUAGCUUUAAUUUGUGUAGAGGUUUUCACAAGAUGUUGCUUCACAUUGUUUUAAGUAUGACAAUAAUGUUUUUUUUUUCAAAUCACCAAACUUGCCAGGCAUGUAAAAGUUGCCAUAAUCGGCUGAAAAGUUUGCUUUAUUACAUACUAUUACUCAGAAGAACUGUCAGUGAAUCUCCAAAUAAGAUAAAAUAUGACCAAUUAAGAUUUCAACGUGAGAAACACGUUUCUGUUUUUUCCCACAGUAAUCAUAUUACUCAGUGACCCACUGAAUGACUCGUACUGUAUUGUGAGUCAUUAACGAGAGCUCAGCUUCGCCAGUGAAUUGGUGUCAACUCUAAUGAAGCAGCUGCCCAACCCGUAUACGGAAAUGUCCCCACUGCACCAUUGACCUAGUAAGAUUAUGCUGCUGUUACAGCUUCAAAGCUUUUACUACAUAUAAACAGUGAUUAGGGCCCAUGUUGCCAUCAGUUCAACAAGUUUAGUUGAAAUAAAAUGUGGUUCCGGGACAUUUCAGGGGUUUCACCCUUAAGUAAAAGUUCACUGACAGCCAAAAACUCCCUUAUUCAUAACUUGAUUGCUCAGUCCUCCAUCAUCACUAGGUAUGUGGGUGUUACUCGGUUUUAAUUUGUGUUCUUUUGAGAGCUCUCUUGCUUUUUGUAUUGCACAUUCUAAGCAAUUUCUCUACCUUUCAGCAUACGUGUUUACACUUACAAAAUGUAGACCUACACACUUGAAUGGAUAAGGUGUGGCAUGGCAUUGGGAACCUUUUGUCACUAAACAGUACAUAUAUAAAUAUGAUUAUAUACAUGUAUAGAUAAAUACUGUAUAUUAUAUAUAGACGCACACAUAGAUUGUUUGUUGUGCACUCGCAGCAUGAGGUAUAUAUUUACCCAGAUACAAUGCUUCUCUUCACAACCUGUGCAGUUAUUGGUCUGCCCAUGUCUUUGCCCCUGCUCUUUGCCCUCUGUGACCCUGUAGCACCAGUGGACCUCCUGUACUGCUCAUCCUCCUCUUUCUGUGUUCCAAGUGCCAAUAACUUUGUGAAAGCCCUGUAACUGUGACCCAACAUUAUCAAAGGUAAUUGCACAUUAACAACUUUAAGAUAAAUGAAUACAAAUCAUAGAGAAAAUGUCAAGAAUGGAACAAAUAAUGAGUAUCUUAAUAAAAGAUUUGUAACAAUUUC